UGGAUAACCGAUGAUUUAUUGCAAAAAGUCCAGUCAAACCCAAAACUGAAUAAGUGGUUGGCAAACCCCCAAAAACUGGCUCUACUAAAUGAAAUCCAGAAAAACCCUGACAAAUUCGCAGGCCAGCAGCAAAUCAACGAAGAUAUCAGCGUCAUUAAUGAGUUUGCAACAGUCUUAGGUAACACUCUUCCCUUACAUUUAGGAGAGCACUUUGAAAAGUUGGCCAUUGAGCAGGAAAAAGAAAAAGAGAAAGGAAGAGGAGGAGGUGGCGGAGAAGAAGUGUCGCCUAAACCUCAGAAACCUCUGAUCGAGGAGGUGAUGAGUCCUGAAGAGAAAGAGCUCCAAGAGAAGGUAAACAAAGUUCUUUCCAUCGAUAAGGUGCGUGCUGCAUUGCAAGAUGAUGAAGUCCACAAGAUUAUCGAGGCUCUUUCCUCCGACCCAGAAAAAGGCCAACUAUUGGCUCAACAAGCUCCUCCUGAGGUGAAAGAAAAACUCAGCACCCUUGUCCAGAACGGUGUUCUUGCUGUGAAGUAG